CUGAAACAAGCGUCUGUUAACCAUUGUACACGCAAACAAAAUUGACAACCCGAUUUUUAACAGGAAAUAAAUAUAUUUUUUGAAGUUAUGGCAGAUAAAGAAGGUGUUGAUCAAUUAUUUGAAAUAAAAACUAAUUUCUACAUCGGAAAUUAUCAACAAUGUAUCAAUGAAGCUCAAAGAAUAAAGCCCUCCAAUCCUGAUGUCCGUACAGAGAAGGAUGUGUUAUUAUACAGAGCUUAUAUAGCACAGAAGAAAUAUGGUGUCGUUCUGGACGAAAUCAGGUCAUCCCAGUCAGAUGAACUACAGGCAGUCCGCACACUGGCAGAAUAUAUGGCUAACGAAAAUCAAAGAGACAAGAUUGUGCGAGAUUUGGAUAGUAAAAUGAGUUCAAGUGUGUCUAUGUCUAACAAUAUAUUCAUGCUAAUGGCAGCAUCCAUCUAUUUCCAAGAUCAGAACUGUGAUGCUGCAUUAAGGAUUCUCCAUUCAUCCGAGUCCAUUGAAUGCAUGGCAUUGACAGUACAGAUCUUAUUGAAACUUGACCGAGUUGAUUUGGCAAAGAAAGAAUUAAAACGUAUGCAGGACACAGAUGAAGACAGUAUUCUCACCCAGCUUGCCACAGCAUGGUUCAAUCUAGCUGUCGGAGGGGAGAAGUUCCAGGAUGCCUACUAUAUAUACCAAGAGAUGGCAGACAAGUUCUCUAGCACACCACUAUUGUUGAAUGGUCAGGCUGCCAGUUACAUGGGUCAAGGACGAUUUGAUGAUGCCGAAUCAUGCUUACAGGAAGCCCUUGAUAAGGACAGCAAUAAUCCAGAAACUUUGAUCAACCUCAUUGUAUUGUCACAACAUCUUGGUAAAGCACCUGAAGUGAGUAACAGAUAUGUCUCUCAACUGAAGGAUUCUCAUAGAAGUCAUCCAUUUGUUAAAGAUUAUAUGCAAAAGGAAAAUGAUUUUGACAGAGUUUGUAAAAAUUACAGUGCAUCAGUAUCUGCAUAAAGGUUUUUAAUUAAUUUAUUUGGAUUGUAUAUAAAGAAGAGCAAUCUUAUGGUGUACAAAAAAAUCUUAUUAGGAGAUAAUGGACCAAUGGUGUUAAAUUUCAAGGAAUUGCAUUUUGUAUUUCAUCAUCUAGUAAUAUAGAUGAUCAGUCGUUGACCAGCUUUAUUGAACUGAGAACAUGUCGCCAAACUUUGAUGUAUGAAUUGGCCAUUACACCAAACUUUUAUCGUGCUUCAUUCCUUUCGAUAUCAUACAUAUACAUGUAGGCCCAAAUGUGGUAGUAAUGUACAUUGCUUUAAUUGGAGUUUAAUAAAGGGGGCAGAAUGAAAAAAAUAAAUCUAAAAUAUUGGUAAAUUAACAUUAAAAAUUCUUCUAAGCUUUUUGUAUCAAAUUUUAGUUUCAAAUUAAAAGAACAUCAUGGUAUGAUAGUGAUCAAAUGUAAUCAUACUUGUAGGAUUCAAUGCAAAUGUCCGUGUUCUUUUCUCAACACCAAAAAUAAUCCAACAGCACAAUUUUCAAGGCAAACUAUAUGACCCAUAUCAAAUGUGGAUAUUCAUUUCAUGUUUUGGAAAUAUGUCAGUGAGGCAAUAUAUUGAAUGAAAACGAUAGGAUUAUUUUAUAUAUAUUUUGUGUUUAAAAGGGCUUAUGAUAACAAAUAAAAUAUUGUAAUAUAUGUAA